UGUAAUGGCACAGCCCUCAGCCUCCACCAAUGGAAAUAUGGGCCGGGUUUAACACCCAUUUUUCAGGGUCUUGCUAUAAAACCAGCUCAAUACGUCCCGUCCAGUUCAUUUGAUGUAAUUAACCUGCGCUUCUGCUUUUUGGAGACUUUGUGUUGAAUAUUCAAUGAGUUCCAGGAUGGAUAACAAGUCUUACUUGGUUCAGAUGAAUGGGAACGGAGUCCAUGGCAAAACCACUGUCAAUGGCAAAACCCUGAGUGGGAAGGGAGUACACGGGAACGGCAUCCACCAUGUCAGUGUGAACGGCAGUUUGUAUCCAGCCAAAGCCAAGAGCCGCAGGCAGAGAUGGGAGGUGAAGCCUUCAGAGAUGUCCAACAACACGCUGAAUCCCAUUAGGGCCAUUGUGGACGGGAUGAAGCUCACCCCAAAUCCAGAUAAACCCAUGAUUGCACUUUCCAUAGGGGAUCCCACUGUGUUUGGAAACCUGCCUACAGAUGAUGCAGUGCUUCAGGCCAUGAAAGAUGCUAUAGACUCACAAAAAUACAACGGUUACGCUCCUUCUGUUGGUUAUCUGAAGAGCCGACAGGUGGUUGCCAACUUUUUCAGCUGUCCUGAGGCUUCACUGGAGGCAGAGGAUGUGAUUUUGACCAGUGGCUGCAGUCAGGCCAUUGACCUGGCUAUCAGUGUCCUGUGUAACCCAGGGGACAAUAUCCUGGUCCCAUGCCCAGGCUUCUCCUUAUAUAAGACUCUGGCUGUCUCCAUGGGUAUCAAGGUUAAACUCUACAACCUGCUGCCAGAGAAGUCAUGGGAGGUUGACCUGCAACAUAUGGAGAGCCUGAUUGAUGAGAGGACAUCCUGUCUGAUUGUUACUAAUCCAUCCAACCCGUGUGGCUCCGUCUUCAGCAAGGAACACCUGCAGAAGAUCCUCAAAGUGGCCUCCAAACACUGUGUUCCAAUCCUGGCUGAUGAAAUCUACAGUGAUAUGGUUUUUCCCGGCUGCAGUUGUCCUUCCAUGGCAUCUCUCAGCAGUGACGUUCCCAUCCUGUCCUGUGGUGGCUUGGCUAAACGCUGGCUGGUCCCUGGUUGGAGGAUGGGAUGGAUCCUUAUCCAUGACAGGAAUGAUAUAUUUGGAUAUGACAUUCGACAGGGGCUGGUGAAACUAAGCCAACGUAUUCUGGGAGCUUGCAGCAUUGUCCAGGGAGCGCUGGAGAGCAUCCUCAAUAACACACCUCAGUGCUUCUACAACAACACCAUCAGCUUCCUAAAGUCCAACUCCGAGAUUUGUUUCAAUGAGCUGUCUACUGUCCCAGGCCUGAACCCUGUUAUGCCCUCAGGUGCCAUGUACCUCAUGGUGGGGAUUGACAUGGAUCACUUUCCAGAUUUUAAGAACGAUGUGGACUUCACUGAGCAGCUGGUGACCGAGCAGUCGGUCUUCUGUCUGCCUGCCUCAGCAUUUGAGUAUCCUAACUUCUUCCGCAUCGUGGUGACAGUGCCGGAGGAGAUGAUGGUGGAGGCUUGUGGUCGGAUCAGGGAGUUUUGCCAGUGCCACUAUCGGCCCCGUAGCCGUGACAGCAAUGAUCUAGACCAGUGAUGGAGCUGAACCAGUCUGACAGCUUGGACCCUGUGGAGACCAAAGCCAAAAGAUAAACUGUCUCCGUCCAAAUGUCACAAGAUAAUCUCUUCAUCUGUAUGUGGUCAUAAUGUUUUGGCUCACUGGUUUAAACGGAUGGAAUCAACUUUAGAGUUUUAUUCCACCAUGUUAUGAAGUUAAAGAAAUAUCAUGUCAAACUGUUUUAAUAUUGUAUCACUGUGGCAGCAAAAAGCUUGCAGACAUCAUAUCUGGUGGUCCAUUCAUGGUGAAAUUUUUUGAUGUAAACCAUAUGAAAUGAGCAGACCUAAUAUUUAUAUUUUAUACAGGCAACUUAUAUUAACCUUUACUUAUUUUUGUGUAUUUAUAUAAUUUGUGUAAUGCUCUGUAUGCCUAUGUAAUGUAACCUCUUGUAGGAUCAUACACACCAGCUGACAUUUUCAUACUUUAUGCCUGUUCUUUACUUUCUGAUCCACAGUUAGAAGAAAUAUAUACAUAUAUUCAAUUUUCAUUUUUAUAAACAUUAUGUUUUCAUAAUCUUCUGUUUACUUUGCUUGUGCUAGGAAGUAACUCAGAGCAGAGACUGAGAUUGUAUGGGAAUGCUUAGCAGAACUUUCUCUGUAAAUUUUUGUAUGUUAAUUAUGUCAUAUUGAAGGACAUAUAUAUUUUUACAAUUUCUGAUAGUUACCUAAUAAAAACAUGUUGAUAUGA